UCCUCCUCGCGCACCGGCCUCCCUUGCUCUCUCGACUACAGCACAAUACACGUCAGCCGCAGACAGCGACGGCCAAGGACAUCCCACCGCCACCACCAUCUUCUCUUUCUUCCUUCCUCUCUCCCUUCCUUCUUUCUUCACUCUCCCCGCUGCUACACCUAUUGACAUGCCCAUGCCCACCGUAUAAUCAUGUCAAACGACCCGCAGCACUCGCCACCAAGGGGAGCUUCAGGCCUCGGUCGCUCAUCCAGCAUCUUCUCUUACCAGACGCGCCUUCUCAGCCGUGACAACAACACCACUUCCCCGUCAAAUGGCCGCCAAACUCCGACCAACAUUUCCAGCAUCACCGCCUCACCAGCAUAUGCCUCCCUGGCGUCAAUAGCUGGUAAAGGAGCUCUAGCAGAUUCACCACCCUCCACUCCAAUUAGAAGAGCUGUGGCGAAGAUGAUCAUCGACAGCAGCCCGUCCCCCACCUCGACUCCCACAGCUCGGACAGUGACUAAACAUGUCAGAACAGCAAAAUCAGUGGACUUGGUGAGGAACCAAUGGGAAGCUAAGAUCGCUGGAGCUCAGGACGGCGGCACAACCCACACAAUGCAAAAGUGUGGGCGAGGCAUCUCAGCCACACCUCGAACAGCACCCAUUCCUUCUACUGCGCAGCUGCCUCCUCCCUCCCCAUUACCGUCUACGGAACCCACGGAACAAGCGGCCACGAAAGUUGAGGUUUCUCCCACCCAGGUUCCAAAUGACUUUGAUUCGGAAAAGGACGGGCCCAGCAGGUUCUCUAGCUCGUACAUGGCUCGGCAGGUCGCCAAAAGAUCUACUGUCUAUGGUGCCAGUGAGUUUGACUCAAUUCGUAUUCCCUCAACAGCCUCAAUGGCAUGCGCAUCGACCAAUCCCAUAGAUCGUCCCGCUUCCCCUUCCGUUGCCUCAACAGGAUCACUGUUAUCACCGAAUGCAACUGGAGAAAGUAUUGCACCCUCAGUGCGGGGGCAGUCAGUUGAAGAGCGUCUAGCUAUCGCGAGAUCGAACGCAUUGAAAAGGAGACAAGCGAGAGAACAAGCCAAAACCGCUGUCACUCAUAACCAACCCGCUAUUCAGCCCGUAAUAUAUAAAGGAACCACAUCUGAACAGCAGAAGGCGAUGGUGGAUAAUGAAUCGGGAAUCGCAAAGAAAAUGUCAUCCCAGGAUAAAGUAACCAACGGCGAUUUGUUUCAGUCUGAGAUGGCCAACGGGAAGAUUGAAGCCAACACAAAUCAGGCUAUCAAGCCCAUGUCUGAUGCGGUUGGCGCAAAACAGUCGUCACCUUCGAUACCCCUAGCAUCCAAGGUAGCAGCAUCUCCGUUCCGUGAUCUAUUUACUCCUUCCUCUCGGCAGACUGAACGAACAGCCCCUGCGCCCAGUACUGCGAGGGAUAGCAAUCACUUGUACUCUCGAUCUUCCCUUCGUUCUAUAGUUACCUCUCCUUCAGCCUCUGCUUCUACCUCGAGCAAAGUCCCGUCAGAUCUGUCCUCAUCUGUUGCAUCUGCUUCGCAAACAGAGCCUCCCGCUCUCUCCAAUGGCGGAGGCAAGUAUGGAUCUAUCAGUCGAACAGAUCGACGUCGGCUAGGGAGGCAUCUUCCAAGAAUUGCAUCCGGAGAAAAAGGAUGGGAGGAUGAUGCAGCGUCCAAAGGAAAAGAUAAUGCGUCGGAAGGCAGGAGAGUACCUUCCAUUCUCGGUAAACACUCUACGAUUCCAGCCGAUAGCGAAGAAGAGAACAAACCUCCCAGGCCAGUAAUUGGCAAAAAGACAGAUGAAUAUGUAUCAACGAACUCCACGCCCAAGUCAUCCAUCUCUCGUGCUACCCGUCCUCCAGAUAUCCUCGCACCCUCUGUCAACGAAAAUCAGCCUCAGCUUCCAGCGUCACGCGUCCCCUCCACGCCGUCGAAACGGCGAUCACAAUUCAUGCCCUUCACGCACAAAUCAGCGAUUACGGAUGCGAUCAACCCCAAGUCCCCUAGACCUGAGCUCACAGGUGAGGAGAUGAAGGGUCUCAUGAAUGCCGUAGGCAGUUUGCCCGCAAGAGGUGACCAAAAGGAUGAGGAUGAUGGUGUAACAGGCAUGUCGAACCGUCUUCGACUUACUAAAUCCCGUCUUCCACCUUCUGCGUCUUCGGCAUCUGUAGCACCCGCCCCUCUCCCGUCGAAGCGGCUGAUUCAAACAAAUUGGAUGGAUAAACAUCGACAUGCUCUGGGAUCCUACGAGUAUCUAUGUCACGUAGGUGAAGCACAGCAAUGGAUUGAAGGCUGCCUAGAGGAGGAGUUACCUUUUGGUGUAACGGAAAUGGAGGAGGGACUGAAAAAUGGUGUUGUGCUGGCCAAGUUGGCGAGAGUGUACGAAGGCGAGGAGGUAGUGAAAAAGAUCUGGACGGAGACAAAGCAUAGGUACAAGCAAUCGGAUAACAUCAACUAUUUUCUCAAUUUUGUUAGAAAUGUCGGGAUGCCAGAAACAUUUAUCUUUGAACUUACAGACCUUUACAAUAAAAAGAACAUUCCUAAAGUCAUCUUUUGCAUUCAUGUUUUGAGUCAUUUGCUUGCGCGUCUUGGCCGUGCUGAACGUAUUGGCAACUUGGUUGGACAGUUUGAAUUUACUAACGAACAAAUCGCGGCCGCCCAAAAGGAUUUGCAGGGUAUUGCCAUGCCGAAUUUCGGCGACGCUGGAAAGUCUCUCGCCAAAGAAGCGAGCUGGGUCCCCGAAGAGCCCGAAGAGACAGACGAUGAGAGGCGUGAUCGAUUGCUCCAGGAGCGUGAGGAUUCGAUUGUCGGUCUUCAGCGUCAUCUCCGGGGUCACCUCGCCCGUAUGCGCUCGUCCCGUAUCCAAGCUCAGCUGGAGCUCGCCGAGCCAAUCACCCGUCGUCUUCAAGCUCACGCUCGAGGAACUCUAUGCCGCCGAGCUCUAUUGGCUGAACUGGACAAAAGGAAACACCUCCACUCGAUGGCUCAGUCCAUACAGGCUGCUGUGCGAGGUCAGAUUGUUCGAAGAAGCUGGGAGAAGCGAGUGAGGGAAGUCAGGAACCUGGAAGUUGUGGGACUGCAAGCUCAUCUAAAGGGACUGCUAGCAAGGACGAAGAGGAAGACAGACGAAAAGAGACUGGGAAACACAAUGAAGGGAGUAACUGGGCUUCAAGCACACUGUCGAGGAUGUUUAGUGAGAAGGGGAAGAACAACUUACAAGAAUUUGUUGGAAGAGCCUCAAACAGUCCAAUCGAUCAGCUCUCUUCAGGCUUUGCUAAGAGGUCGACUACACCGACAAACAGUUGCUACACAACAGCGCAAAAUUGUGAGCCAAACAGCUACCUUCACCUCUCUCCAGUCUCACCUUCGAGGAGCCAUUGUUCGACGGAAUAUUCGUGCACAAGAGCAAAAGAUGGACGAUGCCACAAAUUAUGUCGUUGCUGUUCAAGCUGUUGCGCGAGGAGUUCUUGCUCGUAACAAAAAGCGCACUUUCACUCGACAGCUCCAACAAAGCGCUUCCUCUACUAUUUCUUUCCAGGCCCUUGCUCGUGCUCGCAUUGCCAAGCAAUCACACAAGAGCAUGCAGAAAGCCCUCGCCAAGGUCGAAGUUGCUGGGUCUGUCGGAGGCCUACAGGCUUUCCUCCGCACCAAGCUUGCUAAAAAGCAAACAACGGAGCAGAAGAAAAAACUAGAAUUUGUCCAGCCCGAUGUUAUCGGUUUCCAGGCCAUGGCAAGAGGCUAUCUCGCAAGGGAAGAGUAUCAUUUCUGGCGCGAUUAUCUGCAUGACGGGAAAACAAUUGGUGCUCUGGUAUUCUUACAGUCCCUCAUGCGAGGAUUCAUCGCUCGUCGACGACAUUACAUUCGAACCAGCUUUAUUCAUCGAAAUGUUGACAAAGUCGUUAAAAUCCAGGCCCUGUGGAGAGGUCGCCAGCAACGAGUGUCGUAUGAAAAACUCAUCACCGGUAUCGAUGUUGAUGUGCCGACUAUUCAAAGCUAUAUGCACUUGCUCGAUGACACCGAAUCCGAUUUCGCGGACCAAGUACGUAUAGAGGCGCUGCGAGGGCAGGUGGUGGACCUCAUCAGAGAAAAUCAGACGCUGGAGACAGAGGUGAAAGACCUGGACACCAAGAUUGCACUCAUCAUCAACAAUCAAAUGACCUUCCAGGAGCUUGCCCGAGCAAAACGGCGAACGGAAACUGCAACUUAUCACGCGCCAAAUAACGAUCCCUUCUCCAGUGCUGUGCACUUGGAUAGGACAAAUCAGCGGAAAUUGGAGCUUUAUGAACAGCUUUUCUUCAUGUUGCAAACAAAGCCGGAGUAUAUUUCGAGAUUGUUGCGCGUCUUGUCUAUAGAGGAUGAAACAGCAGAAAAAGAUAGAAGAUUGGUAGAAGGAGUGACAAUGAUUUUGUUUGCAUUUGGUCACGAGAGGAGGGAAGAAUACCUCUUCCACAAGCUCCUUCAGCUUGCUGUUCACGAAGAAGUCCUUCGGGCACCAAGCCUACAGGAUCUCGUCCAUUCUCGCUUCCCGAUCAUGCCCGUUACUGCUCAGUACAUCAAACCCUCCUUGACACCCUAUAUCCACGAUGUCAUAGCUCCUCAUGUGAUGAGAAUUGUCGAUGCGCCCGAAUUGGACCUUUGCACGGAUCCUGUUCGAAUAUACAUAGGCACCAUCAACGCCGAAGAGACUCAGACUGGGACGCCUUCUGCUUUGCCGAGGGACCGAAAUGCGGACCAGAUCUUGCAGGAGCAUGCUAUCACCCGAGCGUUGUUUAUCAGGAACUUGCAAGAAUUAAGAAAUCUGACCGACUUCUUGUUGACCGAUCUUCUCCAGUCCCACGAUAAGCUUCCGUAUACCAUUCGCUUAAUGGCUCGAGAGGCUUUGCUUGCUCUUCAACGUAAAUUCCCUGAGGCCAUGGAUGAUGACCUGGUUCCUGUGGUCGCACGAACAGUCAUACUUCCUUUCCUUCUCCCAGCUAUCAUUGCUCCCGAGCAAUUCGGCAUGGCCCCUGAUGGGGUCGGCGCUGUCGAACGUCGGAAUCUCUCCGAACUCGCCAAUCUUCUUACUCACGUCGCUGGUCAAGCAUAUACCGAUACCCCAGAUCAGAGACUUAUGCGCACGCCCCUUGAGGCAUUUAUCACUGCCAUGGCGUUGCCCUUCCGGGAGUGGUUGCUGGACGUGGCGGACGUUGAGCACGCCGAAGGGCAUUUCCAUGCCCAUGAGUUGUUUGAAUCCACGAUUGAAGCAAAGCCUAUAAAGAUCACCAGAAAAGACAUCUAUGGAACGUUGAGUGCGCUGAUACAGCACGUGGAUGUAUUGACUCAUGGAAGCAAAAAGGAUCCCAUUGUUCCUAUUCUGGAAGAGUUGGAAGGUCCACCCAUAGACUAUGACAAAAGUAAAAACCAGGUCAAUUUGCGUCUCACUAACCGUUUAGCUGAGCCUGCACCUGGAGAUCCCAAAGCCGGGGCCAAAGCGGAUUGGAUUCAAGCCAAGCGCCACGUCCUUGCCGUAUUACGAGUCCAAACAGGAAAGACAUUGUUCGAUGUGCUUGUCUCUAGACCGGAAGACAUACAUGAACAGCUGUGGAUACAAGAGGUACAUAGGGAUAUCGCGCUUGAAAAUGCCAGGAAGGCAAAGCACGGAUUGCCGCCUGCACCUGUGGAGGCUGAAUAUCAAAUUGAGAGCAUCCGAUCCCUACCUUUCCAUGAAGUCAAAUCCCGUGCCAUCGAAUUUUGCAUGAAGUUGGAACGAUCAGGCCGUCUCUCGCGGGAAGAUAACCUUCAGGGCCUUCUUGUAUCCAUUGCCUCUGACAUUCGUCAAAAACACCAUCUCCGAAAGUUACGCAAGGAUAACCUAGCGGGUAUGAUCAAAGCUCACGAGGAUAUGAGCAAAAAGAAAGAAGAGUUUGAAGGGCGAGUGAAAGCCUAUCACGAUUAUAUCGAUGGUGCUAUGGCCGAGCUACAAGCCAAGGGCAAGAAGAAGCCGCUUUUUAUGAGUAAACAAUACAGACAUCAAAUGUCGCAGAAGAAGCAAGGCAAACAGGCUAAAUUUGGGUCCUACAAGUAUACCGCUGCUGACUUGUACGGAAAACAGAUCCUCCUUUCGGUCAAUCAAUUCUCCCCUCGCCAAUUUGACAAACUGUUUAUCGUCAUCUCGUCUAAUGAGGUUGGUGUCUUCAAUCUUGAACUUUCUUACCCGUCUUCUACAACUGUACCUGGCGGUUUGCUGGGGCAGGAUGAAGUCCGAAUGGAAGAUUUGUUGGGUGCGCAGUACGAGAACAAGGAGCGUUUAGACAUGUUUGAAGGGCAGGCAGCGUUUAGUCUCAACAUGUUGAUUCAUCAGAUCAACAAGAAAUUCUACAAUUCAUAGCAUGAUAUUUUGGGGGACAUGGUCAAAUUUAUACUGGUGCCGUAUGGACAUUUUGUUUCUUGCCGGAUUUAGGUUCAAGUAGAUAUAAUGAACUAAUGACUUGUCAUACUCUUUUAAAUAAGUUGGGUGACAUAUGCGCGUUACAUGAUGACAGAUGAUUAUCAUCUUUAGAUGGAAAAACAAAUAUUUGGGAUCCACUGGCCGACUUUAAAUUGGAUAGUAUAUCUUCAUGUGUCUGUGAUGAGCUGGCAGACUGGAGGAGCGACCAGAAAGCGAGUAGGUCGGUUGAUGAAUGGUCAUACGUAACUGGUAAUAAUUGAUAGUGGCAACAUGAAA